CAAGUGUGCCGGGAAAUGAUUAUUAUUUGAAAACAUGUAUAAAUGCAAACCACGAUGUCGUUAAAGUUCACAAGUGCUGUUUUGGAAUAUUUGGGUUUUGUCUGAGCACCACCCGCAAUUCGUGUAGGCUUCCAAAAAUGGCGGCGGUUUCUGUCAGUGUGAAGUGAAACUUUCCUAUUUUUAGCGAAAUUCCUUCUGCUUUCUACCAUUUUAGUCGACUACGGUCUUCUGUUUCUCAAAGCAAGCCUCAUCGGAAUACACAGGCGUUUGAAAGCCAUCGUCAGCACCGAGGGGUGUCGUUCUGGGCUCCGGUUUUGGUCACCAAAUCGCUGGUCUUCCUUCGAAGUUGACGGUGGCUGAGUGCCUGACAUUGCGAUCAUAGCGACUGUUGUCAUCGUGUCUCUAAGCGCUGAACCGUCAGCUGAGGUUGGACGGCGGCCGAUUAGCAGUAGAUAGCUCGCCUGCCAAAGUGCGUCGGAAACAAAGCAGCUGUUUUUUUCCGCCGGGGCAGAUCACCGAUCCUGAGGACGUGACACGUCGCCUGUCAGUGGAAAUAAAUAGGUGGUGUUGGAUGUCACCAGCAGUCAGCGCCGCACUGAGUCUGGUUUGCUAGCGUCGCCCAUCCUGGCAAAUCAAAUGGAGAAGCUUCAGGACCUCAGCCAAUCAGAGCUGCAGGAGCUCCUGGACAACCCAGAGAGGGUGGAAUCCAUGGCUCUGGAGUCUGACGAGAUCCAGAACAUCCAGCUGGAGAGAGAGAUGGCUUUGGCAUCAAAUCGCAGCCUGGCUGAACAAAACCUGGACAUCAAACCUCGUUUGGAGUCACAGAAGGAGGUGCUGGUGGAGCGAUAUUCUCAACUAGAGGCAGUCAGAGAAACCUAUAGACAACACUGCUCCCUGAAAGAUGGGAUGGCAGGUCAGGUGUCUCCGGAAGCAUUGUUCUCAAGACUACAGACAGAGGGCAGCAAGACAGAAGCAGAAUCAGAGGCUCUAGCAGAUGAGUUUCUGGAGGGCUCUCUUCCGCUGGACUCCUUCCUCGACCGCUUCCUCUCCCUACGCUCACUCGCUCACAAAAGACGCGUACGGAUAGAGAAACUGCAGGAAAUCCUGCGACAGAGGAGUGAGGGCAAUCCAACCACCAUGACAUCAUCAGCAUGCCAGAGUGAGGACUCUGCCACCACAAUGUCACCUUGGAAUCAACAGACACCAACACCAACGACGACAAAUCAACAGCAGCCGAGCUCCAAACCUCAGUCCUCCAGCUACCAGAACGCCUCUCAGCCCGUCUCCUCAUCUACUGCAGGGGCCUCCUCUGGGCUCCCCUACAGCCCGUACCCUGUUUCCACCCCCAAUCCUCCACCUGCAGUGGCAGCAGCAGGUUCUGUCCCAGCCAAUGCCCCAUCACAGUUCACUCCUUACCCAGGUUCCAAUUCACCUUUCCCUCCAGCAGGAAGCUACUCUGGCCCUAGCCCCCCUUUUGGGCCUCCAGCUUCAGCCACCUGUCCUUACCCGGCCCAGCCCUCCUUUCCUUCACCACAUCCAGGCUCAGCUUUUGGCCAGUACACCCCUAGCCACACUCAGAGUGGCCCUGCACCCUACCCAGCGUCCUACAGCUACGGGGGAUACAGCUACCCAUCUGGGCCUGCCUAUUCCAAUUCUCAGUCAACAACAGGGAGACCCAUCUACAGACCAGGAUUCGGUGUUCCACAGCCAUACUCCUGAAAGCACUACUGCUCCACUGUCUCUAUUCUUCUGAAAUCUUUCCUUCUUUGCUGUUUCACCAUUUUCUCUUCCCUCACUCCCAUUCUUCUUACCCCAAUUCCCAGUCCUCCUCUCUCCUUUCUUUCUCUAAUGCUCCCAGACUCAAGAGGUCUCUUGCUUUACUUUGUUGCACUAUUUCUCUCUCUCAAAAUCAGUCUGUCUCUAUUUCUUUCUUUUUCCUUCCUUUGUCACUCUUCAACCUACCAACUCCCCCACUCUGGUCUCAGGUUGUAGCG